CAACACACACUCACACUCACACGCUCACCCUCAUUCCAUUUUUUUUCCCCACUCUCUCUUUUCCACUCUCUUCUUUCGUUUUAGUGUCUUCAUCCUCUUUUCUAGUGGAAGGAAAGGUAAAAACAGUUGGUACACUCUAAAAAAAUUCCCUCCUUUCCAUUUCUCCACUCAAUGCAGCACCACCAGAAGCAUCACCGUCACAAGCGCCCCCCACGACAGCCAUUGAUCGAGCUCCAACCGGGUCAGGUUGCAUUCCGAGUAGUCUGCCAUGCUUCGAAAAUCGGUGCUCUCAUUGGCCACUCCGGAUCCGUAAUAUCCCAAAUCCGGCUUGAAACCGGUUGCCUUGUUCACUGCGAGGAGGCCGUGAAGGGUUCGGAGCACCGGGCGAUCGUGGUGGCGGGGUCCGCAUCCCCAGAGAGGAAAAUCGCGGUGGGUGAAGAUGAGACGGUGGAAGUGUCUGCAGCGCAGGAAGCGGUGGUUAGGGUUUUGGAGAGGAUGUGGGAGGUGGAUGCGGUGAAAGAUGGCGGUGAUUGCGAGGGGUAUUGUGGACUUUUGGCCAAUACGUCGCAGAUUGGUGCCGUUGUGGGUAGAGAAGGCAGGAAUAUCAAGAGAAUGAAGAGAGCUAGUGGGGCCCAUAUCUGGAUUCUCCCGGCCCCACUUUGCGCGUUAAAGGAAGAUCAAUUAAUUCAGAUUACAGGGAGUAGCACUGUGGCUGUAAAGAAAGCUGUGAUUGCUAUAACUAGCUGCCUUCAAGAUUGUCCUCCAUAUGAGAAGGAUGAAGUGGAUUUAAGCCUUGAAGCUGUUAGGAGAAGAAGAAGUGGUUCCUCUGGUGAUCCACAUGCGGAAUUCUUCCCUCAUUUGUGUUCCCUGCUACCCACAUAUUCUGAAAAUAUUGCAACUGAUAAAGACCAUAAGAAACCUAACGAACAAUUACAAGUUCAAUUUAGGAUGAUCUGCCCCCAUGGUGCAGCUGGGAGCAUCAUAGGCAAGGGAGGGUCUGUAGUCAGAGCUCUGCAAAAUCAAACUGGUGCUUCUAUCAUCCUUGCUCCUCCUAUAACCAACUCCGACGGUCGUCUAGUUACUGUUUCUGCAUUGGAGAAUCUUGAAUCAUCCCACUCUCCUGCACAGAAUGCACUUCUUCUUGUCUUUGCUAGAUCUAUUGAGCAUGACAUUGAAAGAGCUCGUUCCUUGGGCUUGAUUGAGGAAAUUACCGUGACGGCAACCCUCCUGCUGCCAUCAAAUAGGGUCUCUUGUUUGAUUGAAAGGGGAGGUAGGAUAGAUUCAGAAAUGAUAGAAACAACCGGUGCUGAUAUACAGAUAUUGCAAGGAGACCAAUUCUUCUAUUGCGCGUCAAAUAAUGAUGUAGUAUUGCAGAUUACAGGUGAGUCCAAAAAUGUACAGAAUGCUCUGUUUCAAGUUACCAGUAAACUGAGGGAUAAUCUUUUGCCUACCGAGAUGCUCAAUGGAUUGAGGACUGGGAGCCCCUAUAGAAGAGCGGGGGAGAUCUCUAGACUGCAUCAAUCAGCUGACGAGUCUCUCGAUUCCAAUCUAGAAACAAGUUUGAAAAAUAGUGUGGAUCAAGUUCGUGAUCCUCCUUCCUCUUCGCUGCAGUCGCCGCAGAAAUUGCAUAGAGAGCGGACAACAUACAGCACAGACAAUGGUAGCAGCUCAACCACCUCUGGCAAGGUUUCAGAACUAGGAAGGGCCCUGCAUUUUCUUUUACCGAGGGAGGGAGGUGCUUAAUCAGGCAGGAGGGAGUUCUGGUGGGGGAGUUAUGGACGGAGACUACUUGCCCCGAAUGUCCUGAUUAUGUUCCAAUUUGAAAUACCACGCAGUAAGAGUUCUGGUGAGAUUGAGAGGGAGUUUGGGGUGUGCUCAAGUGAGAGACAAUGAAACCUUUGGCAUGUAUUGCAUGCAUAGAUUUCCAUUACUUCUGUGCUUUUCUGUGGGAAAAAACUAGGCCAAAAGCUAAGACCAUGAGCAUCCAAGGAUUACUCAUUAUAGAAAGCGAACUUCGAUGAACUCCAUCAAAAUCAUUUAGCUAAAAAUCAAAUGAUUGCUUUAA